AUGGUUAUGUUCCUCACUCAUAUCACGGAGAAGACCCUUGUGUACAAUACAGCUAUCGUCUUCAAUUAUGCUCGCAGACAAAUAGGCGCAGCAUUCAUGACUCCCCACGUACCGAUGCUGUGGACAGAGCACAACUAUCAGCUCGAAGCCAAAUAUCUCACUACCGCAAAUAUGAAGUCAGCAAAAGGCGGAACCACACUGCUGAGGAACAAUAAUAACAAUGCCAAUAACUGUGGCAACAAGAAAGUCAGAGACCCGAAUACUGCGGAUUACGCCUGCACAAGGUUCAACAACACUUGA